GGACGAGCUUGGCCCAUAUGUAUUCCCUCCAAAUAUAAAUCAGUAAUAUUUUCAUAUCACAUCACUCUUUGUCCUUUCUGAGAAAAACCGAAUGGAUUUGAUUAAAUCUUCAACCGUUCAACCGCGGCGAAUUCCUCCAUCAUCGCCACUUCCCACCAUUACUAGGUCUAUGAAUUGCUUCUAUGUUCCUUCUACUUCUCGCUCUACAACCAAAUUCUCUUCUCAGUUUUGUACUCUUCCACAUACUCCAAUAAAGCCCCUUGUUAUUCUUCAUGUCAAGAACAAAAAUUCUGAUUUUGAACCCUUUCUAGAACCUACCAUUGCUCAAGAAAUAUCAGAAGACGAAGAAGUAGAAGUAGAAGAAGAAGAAGAUGUUGAUGAUGUUGAAUUUGAAGACGAGACCGAAAUGGAUGAGGAUAGCGUCGAGUUCUAUGACGAAGAAGAGGAGGAUAGUGUGCCCUAUGCAGGUGAUGGCGGUGCGGGUGGUGGAAUUUCCCUUGCCGGAACAUGGUGGGAUAAAAAAGCAUUAGCAAUUGCUAAAGAGGUUACUAUGUCUUUUGAUGGUGACUUGCAAAUUUAUGCUUUUAAAACUUUGGUUAAUUCCACCAUUCAAGUGCGCAUUGAGAAGCUUUCAAACAAAUCUGGAUCUCCCACCAUGGAAGAUAUUGAAGCCUUUUCUACAGCUUACAGAGCAAAAUUGGAUGAAGCAGAACUUGCCAAAUUCGUUCCUGAGAAUUUAAGUUUGGAGGUGUCGUCUCCAGGUGUUGAAAGAAUCGUUCGGAUUCCAGAUGACCUAGACCGAUUCAAGGAGAGAGCUAUGUAUGUGAAAUAUGUCAUUGAUGACGAUGCAAAUAAUCCACCUGCAGAAGGUGAGGGUGUUUUCAAGCUUGAAUCCUUCGACAUGGUAACAGAAUAUUGCACCUGGAGUUUAGCAAACGUGAGAGUCAACAGAGAGAAAGCAGGGAAAGGAAGACCGCUGAAUAAAAAGCAAAGAGAAUGGCGUUUAAGUACUCCCUUCGAUUCGUUACUUUUUGUACGGUUACAAUCAGACAUUUAAAUGGUUUAUUUUCCUUGACAGUUGAAAGUUAGAUCUCCAUCUUCGUCUAUGUGUCUGUAUAUGUACACUCGUAACUCGUAUAAGGAUCUCACAUUUUGUUUGUUGUUUUGUUAAAAUGGUGAGACCCCUUCCUAGACCCUACAUAUGCGGGAGCUUUAGUGCAUCGAGCUGCCCUUUUAAUUUUAUGUUUUCUUCUAUCUAAUACAACUUAGACAUACCAUAAGCUGCUGUUAUUCA